CUACCGAGUGCCAAAUCUCACAGAAAAUCGCGUGGUUUCCAAAUCCCGUUCCUCUCUCGAUCAACCUCCAAAGAUGCCUACAAAAAAGUCCAAGACUAGGAAGCUCCGUGGGCAUGUGAGCCACGGACACGGUCGCGUUGGCAAGCACCGAAAGCAUCCUGGAGGUCGUGGUAAUGCUGGUGGCAUGCAUCACCACAGGAUCAACUUUGAUAAAUACCACCCUGGGUACUUCGGCAAGGUGGGUAUGAGACAUUACCAUUUGAAGAGGAACACCACCUACUGCCCCACCAUCAACCUGGACAAGCUGUGGACGCUGGUGAAUGAGCAGGUCAGGCUCACCCACAGCAAAAAGCUCGAUGGCCCAGCUCCCGUCAUUGACGCCGUGCGCGCGGGUUACUACAAAAUUUUGGGCAAAGGCAAGCUGCCCAAGCAGCCCGUCAUCGUCAAGGCCAAGUUCUUCAGCCGACGGGCUGAAGAGAAGAUCAAGGCGGUGGGAGGCGCUUGCGUGCUGAUGGCAUAAAUGCCUCGUCAUUGUUUUGAAAAAAUAAACUGUACAAAUACACAA